AUGAGGAUCCAGAAGCUUCGGAGCGAGCACGUGCCCCCCGCGCCGGUGGGGAUCCGCAUCGAGAAGGAUGGGAAGCAGGUGCCUCUGGAGCCGCAAGAGCUCAGGGACUUCCGCUUCCCUCCCACCGCCGUGGAGGUCAUGGCCAAUGACCAGCAGGUGGAGACGGUCGUCUUCAGAUACCCCGACGGGUCCUACCUCACAGGCGUCACGGGCAACCACUUGGGGCGCUCGGGCUCCAGUCAGCCUGCCUUUCAGCUGAUGCAGCACGAGUUUCUCACCAAAAUCACCGGCUACUUUGGGCGCGGGCACGGCGGGCACGGCGUGCUGCUCAGCGUGCGCUUUCACAGCAGCCGGGGCCGCGUGUCGCAGGACUACGGAUGCCAGGCGCCGCCGGAGACCAGCAGCUCCUUCGCCUUCGCGGCGGCGCCGGGCACCGUGCUGGCGGCCUUCAGCCGGGACCAGUCGCCCUGCGGGUGCAUCGAGGAGGCGUGCUACGGCUUGGGGCUUCGGGGUGGAGAGUCUCAGGGGGGUCAGGGGGCCCGGUGA